UGCGCAUGCGCUAACAAAAGAAUAACAGUGGAACAUAACCUGAAAAUUUGUAAAAAAAUAAAAAUAUUUGCGCAGUAAAAUAACAUUGUUUAAAUCGUUUAAAUUAACACGAUCGAAUGUAAAUAAUAUUUAAUUUAUAAUCAACUUCGUCACUGAAAAUUUACCAAAAAUGGGAAAGUGGCAACUGGAAGUUUUUAAAAUGUCCCUCUAUAUGGCUUUUCCCGUUGGUUGUUUUCAUUAUUUCAAUCAACCGGAAAACUUUGAAAAUAUGAUAUUAACUGCAAGAAGAGAAAUUUCAUCGAAGGAAACGCCGGAGAUGAAACAACAAAUGAGAGAUUUUAUCGAUAAAGUUAAUGAAAAGAGAAGAUUACGUGAAGUAGAAGUAAUGGAAGCUAGUGACAAAAAAUUUCAAGCUCUUAAACUACAAAACAGUUAAAAAAAAUUGACUUCUACAUUGUCAUUUUUGUUUGUCUGGAUUUAUAAUAGAAAUUUCUCUUUUUAUCUAUCCAAAAUGUACAUAUAGAUAAUUAAUGUUUAGAAAACGUCAUAUUUCGAAUAUUUUACGUCAAAAAACAAGAGGUAAUCUAUAAAAUAAAUAUUUAUUAAAAUUA